ACAUACCUAAAAAAUCAUACAACUAUCUAUUUUCAUGUUUAACAAACUGUAAAAAUAAUUCAUCCACACCAAAAUGGCAUUAGCACUUCAAAGAAGAGCAAAUGUACGAUUACCUCCAGAAGUCAACAGAAUCCUAUACAUCAGGAACUUGCCCUACAAAAUAUCCGCUGAAGAAAUGUAUGAUAUCUUCGGCAAAUAUGGCGCAAUAAGACAAAUAAGAGUAGGGAACACUCCAGAAACAAGAGGCACAGCAUUUGUUGUUUAUGAAGAUAUAUUUGAUGCAAAAAAUGCCUGUGACCAUCUAUCUGGUUUUAAUGUUUGUAACAGGUAUCUGGUUGUACUCUACUAUAGAUCCAACAAAGCCUUUAAAGGUAUUGAUAUUGAUAAGAAACAAGAAGAAAUUGAUACAUUGAAAAAGAAAUAUGGAAUAUCUAGUGAAGAUCUGCGUAAAUGAUAAACUAUAAAAUAUAAGUUUUUUUUAAGUACAAUUGUUUUUAAUUAUUUGAUUUGUAUAGCUGUGUAGAUUUUAAGCCAGAGAACCUAUAAAAAUCUUAUCAUUAAAUAAUAAUGUACCAACGCGCUUUCGUAAUGUCUUCCAUGAUAAAAACCAUAAUUUUUUGAUUUAGCUUUUAAUUCUAAUCGAAGUAAAUCCUGUAGAAUUUA